GCUACUUGAUAGAAUCUAGAUGGGUGGAAGUGAUUCAUCCUGCUACUACUACUACUGUAUCGUAUACACACGUAUUGAUUGAGUGAGGCAAACCAAGUGUGAUCGUGCAAGCGUUUGAUGCUCAGGAGCCAAGCCUCAUAGCCACCCUCCUCUUCGACAUUGCUUCUCCUGUCCAGAUAAUCAAAGCUGGGUCUACAGAUUUCUCUUGAGAACAAGUGAGAAUGGCACAGUCUUUGAGUGACAAACGCCAAGAAAUGUACAAAUGCAGAACACCACCUUGGAAAGAUGUGUAUCGACAGAGGUGUAAAGACAGGCUUAAGCAGAACAGGGAGAGGGUCCUUGCAUUGCGACGGAUGCUGAACACUCAUAAGGACUCCGAAUUCAAAUCUGAGGUUAUCGACCCCUGCGAGGACCCGGCAGAGGAGCAGUUGGACAUUCGGGACAUAAUGGCUGCUGAGUGGUCACAGCUACAGGCAGAGAGACUGGCCACAGGGGAUGCUGGCAUCUCUGAUGACAAGUUUUUUGACAUUGAAGGGGCUAAUAUCCAUGACAUGAUAUCUUGGUUUGAGGAAAUCCAAGAGGAGCUGAAACUAGAAGAACAGCAGUUGCUGAAUCAGCAGGAUCUAUGUGACGAGUAUGUGAAGAGAGAAGAGGAAGAACUGUGCACCUCCUUGAAAUCGUUAUCAACCCUCGAUGUUAUUUGUCCAUUAUGUGAAAGGAAUUCUUUGUUGGAAAACAAAGGUGUGAUUGUGUGCAAGUGUGGCCUCAGAAUCAAUACAGAGCAAGACGGCAUUACCUUGAAGAAUGUUCAAGAAAGUCUGGAGGCAGGCGCGAAUGAGCAUAGUGCUGUCUGCGGGUCCAAACCGGUGUUCUCACUUGAUGAAAAGUUUGGAACUUCUACACUGACUAUGUCAUGCCAAGACUGCGACUUCCUUUUCAUUGUGAUUUGAUGGUUGACUGCGCUAAGCUGUACUGUGGCCUUCAUCUGUAUAUAGAGCAUAUUUUCCUUCAUUUUUUCACAUUGAAUGCAACCAAAUUACAAUAUGUGCUUGACACUCGAAAUACACUGCCUGAAUCGAAA